AUGGCACGUCAGCAGCAAGAUGUUGAUGAAUUAUUCGAUGUUAAAAAUGCUUUUUAUAUUGGAAAUUACCAGCAAGCUAUUAACGAAGCUCAAAGCGUAAAUCCUACUUCUCCUCUGGUUACACUUCAUAGGGAUGCUUUCCUCUAUCGGUCUUACAUUGCCCAAGGGAACUACAGGAUUGUCUUGCAAGAGUUGAAAAAUGCUGAUCCCUUGCUUCUUCCACUGAAGACACUUGUUGAUUAUCUUUCUCCUGGAGCCAACAAACCUGCUAUUGUAGCAGAUAUUGAUGCAAGGGUAGCAAAGGGCACAGAGCUGACAAAUGAUAUAUUUAUUCUUGUUGCUGCUACAAUCUAUUACCAUGAAGAGAAUUAUGAAGCAGCGCUUAAAAUUCUACACGGAGCGGAGUCUUUGGAGCUACGCGCAUUCACACUGCAAUGCUUGCUGGCGAUGAAUCGUCCAGACUUGGCCAAAAAGCAAUUGAAACUGCUGCAAGAUAUAGAGGACGAUGGAACUCUUACACAGCUGGCGCAGGCUUGGCUCAAUCUGUCACAGGGCGGGCCGGGAGUACAGGAUGCCCACUACAGCAUCAUGGAGCUUUCUGAGCGGCUGGGCUCACUCGGAGCGGGGCCGGCUGCAGUUGGGGCAGCGGCAGCAGCCUCCAGAGGAAUGUGGGAGGAAGCGGAGCAGAUGCUGACCGAGGCGCAGACCCGGGCGCCCCAGCAGCCGGAGCUGCUGCUGGGCCUGGCCGUCACCGCUGCCCACGCGGGGAAGUCCCCGGAGGUGUCCUCGCGCUACUUGGCCCAGCUGCUCGACAGCCAUCCGGAGCACCCCUUCUGUAGGGAGUACAGCGCCAAAGCGAACGAGAUGAAGCGCCUAGCGGCCCAAUACCAGCCCUCGGUCUCCACC